AUGCAUUCACUUUCACUUCUCCGACUUCCGUCCUCUCUCUUGCUUCUCAUAGCAGCCCAUGUCAACGCAAACGACCUAAUGGCUAUCCGCAAAAUGCCACCCAGCCCCGGCGAGAAGUUGCUCCCUGAGGACCUAGCCUUCGCCAACGAUGUUUUCGCACCUUCUCUUACACCCCGCGAGCAACUCUUAGCCGCCCGAAUGGCUGAUGAUCCGUUAUUUUACAACGCUUCCUACCCCUUUCGCCCGCCUUUCGCACAACACGGUUCCAGUGCCAGUUCAAGCUGGGAGCACUUCCGUCGUGCAGCCGAAGCACUUCAUAUCCUAGAAAGCAGGCAAGCCUGCCCUACAAACAUGAAAAGCUGUGAGAACAUUGGUUCCCCCAAUAAAUGUUGUAUGAGCAACGAGGUGUGCGUUAAGGUAGAGGAUGAGAAAGUCGGAAACGUUGCUUGCUGUCCAGACGGCGCUUCUUGUAACGCGCCGGUUGGGACUUGCCCAAGCGGUUCGGAGAGCUGCGCUGCCGACCUUGGCGGUGGCUGUUGCAUCCCGGGAUACAUCUGUCAGGGUGUUGGCUGCGUUCCCAGUCCUCCUCCUGCUCCCUCUACUACAUCAACAAGGACGACCGCAAAUGGUGGAGGCGGUGCUGGUGGAGGUGGAGUCACUUCACCUGUACAGACCAUCGUCACAACGUCAACGACAACACUUGCAGAUGGAAAUACCAGGACUGUAAUCAUUACAGUCACUGUAACAGAGAACCCAGGUACUGUUACCACGGCCAGGACUACAACCACCACGACCACCCCGACAACGACCUCAGGCAACACAGGCGCAGUGCCUCCUUUCCGGCCCACGUCCACCGCCUCAGGCGAUGGCAACGGUAACCCGACAUACACACCUUCUUUCUGCCCGACAGGUUUCUACGCCUGUGUAGCUCGCGCGGGCGGUGGCUGCUGCCAGACAGGUCGCGACUGCGCCACUACCUCAUGUCCUCCCACGCCUUCUACCACUAUCAUCUCUAAUGGCGCGACUGUGGUGGUUCCCGUCAGCGAUGUGCCGGAACCGCGGACUACGGAUACAUGUGCGAACGGAUGGUUCUUGUGUGGGGAGGAGGGGGGACCUGUUCCCGGGUGCUGUCCGAGUGGAUAUGCGUGUGGUACCGCGAGUUGCACCACCGUCUCAGCGACUAGGACGGGCGAGAUACAGAAGCACUUCCCCAAUUCUGGGCCGAAGAUGACAGCAUCCCUUGCACUCGUAGCCAUCUCGGCUAUUUUUGCAUUGGUUUGA